UGCUUCCGUAGUGCUGCCGCCAGAAGCCUUGUAGAAAAUGGCGAGCCUGUGUAAAAGGCAGCAAUGCACAUACGGCUUUCGGGAGGAACUUGACUCUUGGCGACAUAAACUCAUUCAAUGUGUAGGUUUUGAGAGCAUUCUUGAAGGUCUUUUUGGUUCAGCGCUGGUAGAGGACCUAAAAUUAUUUAAGGACUUUGAGCCUGUAGUAGUGCCUGAUUGGUCAUUUGAUGAAAAGUGUCCGUUUUGCUGCUUGAGAAGAGACAAAGUCAAAGAACACUUAAUUGACUUAAACGAGGGGCUUGAAGACACACCUAAACCUCUCCUCGUUAAAGAUCAAGUCAUAAUCAGCAGACUAGAGAAUCAAGCCGAGGAAUUUCUCAAUGCAGUCCUCUGCAGAAAAGAUGUGCCAAAUUUCUCAGACCCACACAUUCCAGUAGUGGCUCGAGAGAUUCUUCAGAAAAUGAUCAGACAGUUUGCUGCCGAAUAUACCUCAAAAACCAGCUCCCCUCAGGUCAGUUGCUCAGAUUCCCAGCCUCUCUCUGACCAAAGCCUGUCGACCCCACCCUUGCUCUCAGGGGCUCCUCCUGCUACAAGUCCUGCUGCCACAGUGGCUGGUCCAGCACACAACCAGAACCCUGUCCUAAGCAAGCUUCUAAUGGCUGAUCAGGAUGCACCUCUUGACCUUACCAUCAAGAAGCCCGUGGUUGAGUCCAGUGAACAAGAUGGUGUUCUUGAUUUAUCUAUCAAAAAGAAAAGCUGUAGCAGCAGCCUGCCUGUCCAUAGUCCCUGCCUUUCUCCAGCCACAACCAUGCCGAAGGGUAAAUCUCUGGACCUCCAUCUUGCAAAGGCCAAAGACCUGCAGUCCACCUCCACUCUGGAACAGUUCAUGGCCAAGCUCUGCCCCCACCAUCAGAGACAGAUAGUUGAUGCCAUAGGUUUUCUACAGACGGAGAUCAAAGCUCUUUCAUCCUCCAGUACACAUAAAGCCUCUAACUGUACAUCUGGUGUCAAAGGAACUUCUUGUUCUACUGCAAAGUCCAGUGCAGUGACUCCUGAGAAGUCACACCCUGAGAUAAUAUUUCCCAGUGAAGUCACUUCCAAGUCAGAAGUCCGGGACAUAGCCCAUUUUGUUCCAAGCAGUUGUGCAAUGAAAAAUGUUCCAGAGAAUGCUGUGUCGCUGAAAUCGUCUGUAGCUCCCAGCCCUGUUUCGAAUCUUCGCAGCCCUGGAUCAGGGAGUAACCAGAUCUUGGCGACUCCCACUGCUCAUCCAGUGGAUACAGAGAACAACCGUCAUGGUGAUCAUGCACCUCUUAAGAUGAAAAUCAUGGCCUGUAAUGAUGUUGCUGGUAAGAAGCUAUGUGUGGUCAGUCCCACAGUUUCUUCUCACUCUGACACUUUGGAGGAGAGACACAGUAACUCAGAUUCAUCCAGCAGAACAGACACUCAGAGUGCCAGACUGAGCUCUUUGGUGAAAAGACAUAGUCAGGCUAGCCACACAAAUGAAGCUAGGCAGAGGGUAACUGUUGGGCAUGCCAAAGAUACACCAGCAAAAUCGUUUCCAGUCAACAGUCCUUCAGACUGUGUGCGGACUGCCAGGAAAACCAUUAGGACAUCCUCGGAUCAUUGGACCAAGGACUCUCCUUGUAGGGGAGUAGUUGACCCUGAUCGCGGCCACUGUGACAUCGUUUUUAUUGACAAACCAAUUACAGAGUGUUUUAAGGAACAGCGGCGCAGCAUGGUACCACGCCGAAAUGCCAGAAAAAGCACCAGAGGACAUAUGUAUUUAGAUGAAAUCUGGGAGUUAAAAACUGUUCGUACAAUGGCUGGAAGGGGUAACUGUCCUAAUCCAAUACCAGAGGUACCAUUGGUCACUCCAAAGCAAAUGCUUUCAAAGCCUGAAGGUGUGCCACCUGUGGAUAUGCCUUUUGUUGGAUCGUGCACAGAGACAAAAAAUCAACAAAUGCCCACAGAAGAGUUAGAUGAUAGCAUCAUACCAGGAACAGAGGAUAUAGUGGAAGUAGCCGCCAGUAGCGUAGAUGUUACAGUUGAAACUAGUCAGACAGAUCAGUGUCAGAACAAGGGGCAGUCCGCUCCUUCAUCUCCGUUAAGGAGCCCAACAGAGAACCAAGAAACUGUUAAGAACACAGAUGUAGAACAGGAUGCGGUUACAGAUUCAGGGAUGACUACAGGAAGUGAAGAAAGUGUUGAUCAGGAUAUAGCUGAAGCAAUAAAAGAUAAUGAACCAGAACCUCAAGAGGACACGCAUGAAAGUACAGAGCAAACAAUGGCAGAAACUGUCACAGUACCAUUAGAGAAUAUUUCGAUAGAAGAAACAGAGGCCCAGCUUUCAUCAGAUAAACUGCACAGUAGUGAUCCUGUCCCCCAGCAGAAUAGUGCCCCAUCACCUGUUCAUAAUGUUGAGGAAGGUCAAAAGGAAGAAGUGCCAGAUGAGCAACCUCAAGAACUUAAGCCAGACACACAAAUACACAAUGAAAACUGUGAAGGGACAGAAAGCACUGAUAUUACAGGUUCAGUAGAGGAGCUGACAAAGGAAGACACAGAAAUCAAAACAUCUGAAGCAGUUGAAAAUGUUGCGCCUUUAGAGAGUGAAGAGGAUAAUGAUAGUGACUAUGAUGUGUCCUCAAAGACACUUGAUGCACUCUUGAAGGAGUUACCACCUUGGCGUAGGAAAAAAGGUACCAAACUUCCACUACCAAAGCCGUCGAAGCAGACAGAACCGGUGAUAGUGGGUCAUGUUAAUGGAAGACCCGUGUCUGCCUCUGACAGAAAACUGCGUCGUAGACCAGGUAAUGCCACAUCACCUGGUAAAGCUCCAGUAAAAUCUAGUCAGAAUGCAUCCAACAAUAGUUCUGAGUCAACUACUGACUCUACCACUAAUGAAAAUAAUUUGAAGAAGCCAUUACCUGAAACACACAUACCUAAAAACUCAGUUGAGACUACUCCUGUAAUUCAGGAGGUGACAGAACUAUCUGCUGAUGCACCAUCAACCCCAAAUUCGAAGCCUAAACAAAUCCAGAAACACAAGAGAAUCCUGAAAGAUGAAGACAGUGCGCCUGAGCUCUCUGAUCAGCCUACUGAUCAUCCUCAAAACCCUGAGCCCAAACGGCAACUUAGAUCUGCCAGCCAGAAGCCACCUGAAACUCCAGUAUCACAUCCCACAUCAAAUGCUGCCACGCCCAUUUUAUCUCCAGAACCAUCCCCUGAGCAUCUUCCCUUCCUCCCUCUUCCUUGUCCGCUUUCUGUUCCUGCGUCUUCUCUAAAUGGGUCAUGUGAUCCUGCAUCCUCUGAACUGUCUCAACCAAACACAGUAACUGAAACUGUGGAAUUAAACACUGACAAUACUCAGCCAGUGGAGACACCAUCUGAAGAAAUGGAGACAAAUGUUGAAGAGCAAAGGUCGCAGGUCAGACAGAAACUAAGAUCUGCCAAGGUUGGAGCAGAUGAUGGUAAGAAACUGCAACUUAACGCUGAGGUGUCAAGUCCUGUAAAGACAGAAUCGCAAACACAGAUUAUGCCAUUAAGAAGUAAACGGGUUCCUCAAAAGAAGGUGGAAGCAAGCGAUGUUGCUUUGCAGCCAAAUGUAGCAUCUUUAGCAGACGGGUCUGCAGAUGACAGCAGUUCAUUUGUAACAGACGGAAGAAUGCCAUUAAGGAGUGAUGAAAGCAGUAAGGCUGAAAUGGCCUGCCAGUCUGUUCCUCAGUUGCCACAAAUGGACAACAAAAAAUUAACAUUGAGAUCACAAAGACUGGCCCCUGCCCCAUCCACUAGUGCUAUUACUGUAGCCUCAAGACAAAAUGAUGUAGCUUCCCCUGUCAGAAUAAUGCCAGAAAGAAUAACUAAAGCUCAGGUGAGGCAACCUUCCAGGUCAGUUGCCUCUGUGUCCCACAGUUCCCAUUCCCCUGUCAUUACACCUAGACAUGAGCCCCCCAAACAAACAACGAACAAAUUCUUUGAGACUUUGACCACAGAAGAAAGCCAAAAGCUAAUUACAAAUCUGAAUAUUAAGUAUGAAAAAAUGCAAAAAGGUUGGGUGCAAAUGGAUAAGGAGGGUCAGCCAGCAGCAAAAUAUAAAAAUAAAGCAGACAGGCAGGCAGCUAUAUGGAAAAGUAAGCGCAGGGCACGAAAACCAAAGUCAUCGGAGCAUCAGAAAUACUCACCAGUCCAAAUGCUUUUCAUGAAAGGUUUUAAUUUCUCCAAUAUUUGUCGCUGGUUCCUUGAAACAACAGAAACAAAAUCUCUUGUCAUCGUCAAAAAGGUGACUACGCGUCUUCCAUCAGAAAGUCAGCUGUGCUUCCACAACUCGUCAAGUGCAUCAGGGACCUCUCAGGGUGUAUUUCCAAGCCUACAGGCAGAGCGCUUAAAGAAACAUUUGAAGAAGUUUGCCAUUGCCUCCCCUGUUAAGAGCAACCCCAAGAGUCAGAAACUGAUUGCUAAAGCGCUGGAGCAAGAAGCAAAUUCAGUCAAAGGGAAAGAGAGAGGCGAUCUUUCUGGUACUUCUCAGAAUUUGACAAAGUAUUCCUCUGCCAAAGCUUCUGCUCAGAUAGGUGAAUCCCAGAAAUCCUCUGGAAAAUCAAAGAAUCCAGCUAGUGCAAGGAUCCUGAGGAAGUAUUCUAAUAUUAGAGAGAAGAUGCAGGUUCAACAAACUACUAGUAGACUGAAAAAGGCAUCGAAAAUGUUAAAAAGCCGCAAGAUUAAAAGAUUGGCCACCACAAAGUCAGCCUCAAAGUCAAAUCUGAAACAGUCUCUAAAGGCACAGAAGUCAGCAUUACCUGUCAGUAAACGGAUGAAAGAGUCAGCAGCAAAAAUGGAAAGAAGAAAAAUAUUGGCUAACAAAAAAUCAAAGCAAACUGUAAAAUAUACAGCAGUGAGGGCUCAGAGCAGUGGUAGAGCUUCAAGAGAUAUAAGUAAAAAAGAAUUACCAAAGAGAUGUUCUCAGAGGCUUGGGUCUCCUAAAAUAGCUGAACACAACCCUGUCGACACAUCUAAAAGCAAAGCUGACAAUAAACGGCACACCGAAGCAAGUUCUGCAAAAAUCCAUUCAAAGGAACCAUCACAGAGUACACCUACUGAUAUCAAAGAUGCAGGGAAUGCUGUUGAAACCCCACAGCAGAGCAUGCAUGCCAAGGUGCCAACCUCACCUGACCAGGUAUUAACAAGAUCCCAGAGAAAGAUAGAGGCAGCUCUCCCUUUGAGUGGGAGCCCCAGUCACGCUUCGAAGAGGGCCGCAAAGUCCGCGGGGACACAAAACGCAUCUCCCAAAUCAGUAAAGAAAAAUGAUGAACCUACACUGACGAGAAGCGGCGCUUUAAAAUCUCCCGCAAAAAGAAGUCCACGCACUGCAACAAAAUUGGCAACCAAGAGGUCUCUGGAGCACGUAGACACCCCAGCAAAGCGCACAAGGACGUCACUCUUAAAAUAAGAUGGACCUGCAGAGAGGGAGAGAGAUCUUUAUUUAGCGGAUUUUUUUCUUUCUUUAUCUUUUAUCUGGAAUAUAUUCUGAAGGACCAGACCCCGUCUAUUUUGGACUGUCACCAGACUCUUCAGAGUAUACCCUUUUAAGUAGGGAAAUGUGAGGAAGGAACACAUUUUGAAAUUUGUUAAUGCCUCGCAAAAGGUUUUGUGUGAAAAUGCAAAUGUGAUGGAUUUUUUUUUCUUCAGAUUCUGGUUUGCGUUUAAUGACUGGAAACAAGUCCUACAUGAUGUCUGGCAGUUGUAGUUGCUGCUUGGCUUCAUGUUUCAGCACUGACACGGCUGGAGAUGACAACAGCUUAACAAACCUUUUCAAAAUUAGGAUAACAAACAUUGCGCUUGGAUACAUGUGAAUUUGUUCACACUUCUCUUGGGCUUUGUUUUUUUUGUUUUUUGCUGUUUUUGUAUAUAAUUAUCAUUUUAGAUGAUAGCAUGCACUGCGUUUAAGCUUCUUAUGUAAGUUGGCAGUUUGUAUCUCCAGCCUGUCUUCAAAUCACAACAGUGUGAAUACGUGACUGCUGUGACCAGGUGCCUUAUUUAUCAAGUGUAAUGUAAUAGAAUGUGUUGCUAAAUGUGAAAUCUCCUGUCCUCUGCUUGUAACAGCUUUCAGUUCCCAGAGAGGCAGUCAGCAUUAAUUUGCUACACACAGUGUGUGCAAACAGUUUCCGUUCCGCACAGUAUGUGCCUCACGCUUCAUCUGCAAAUUCUUAUGUUGAUUAAGGCAUUCAGAUUUUCAUACUCAUCCGCCAGGUUUAUUUUGUACCCAUUUUCCCAUAGCAUUAACAUAAAAUUAUUCUUAUUAUAGUUGUAUUAGAUGUUGAGAUCUGAAUUGUUAAGAGACGUGUGUUAUAUGUGUCAUGACAAACGUUUGUAUUUUUUUUUUUUUUUUCUUUUUUCUAUAUUGUUUGGGGUAGGUUUUGUCACCAUGUACCUCCACAGUCACUUUUGACCAUUGCACCCAGUGUUACCUGCACAUUCUGGUGACUUUGAGUAUUUUACCUGCUUCUGCAUGUGGUAAUUCUUAUUAAUGUUUAAACCGUUUCAGAAAUUCUUGCAAUGCAGCCAUGAAACCUCCGAUUAUAUUUAUGCCCCUAAUUCUCAUUUAAGACUUGUCAAAAAGAUGUACUCUAAGGCCACAUGAGAUGAUUCUGGAUUUCUGGCUUGUGUAUCAAAAUUCCUCCAAACAAAAGCCUGAGAAAGUUUGUAUAUUUAAUUGGUGAGUGUGAAUGAAAAUAAUGGCCUCUUUGCCAUUAUUGUUGCAUUAAAUGGUGAUAUUUCCUCCCCCUUAUAAUUCACAAGCUGGAUCUAAAAUAUUUGGGGUAGCUGAGUCCCUUUCUGAGUUGUGAUUCCAAGUGUGUUACAGUUUUACUUUUUAUGUUCACUUUUUUGGUUUGUUUUAUUUUCACUGACAGCUAGAUGUUCUCAUAAUGUGAAGUUUGUUUACUUCCACCGUAGUAACUUACAUGAGUGUAUUGACAAAGGAAAAAUACCAUUUUUUUUAGCACAGUUUUAUUAUUAUAAUAAUUAUGAUGAUCAUUUUCUGUAAGAGGAUAACUCAUCUGUAAAUGCAAAACAGGUCUGCCAUGUUUUUAUUGUUAUUUAAGAACUCAAUUUAGGCUAAUGGAUUUAGCAAAUGUAAAACAGCCCACCAAAUACCAGACUUGAACAUGUUUAUUCUUUACAGUUGCUAUUUAAAGAUUUUCAUUUUGUAUAUUAGAAAGAAAUACCUGCUUUAUUUGUGGUAAUCCCAAGAAUGAUACAUCUUUAUGUUAAGAACUUUGUAUUUUUGCUGGAGUUGAUAUAAAGAUGUUUGAGUUUUA